GUUUGUGUGUUCUUGUCUCUCGCCUGUCCUGUGAGGAUGAAGAUGUAGUUUCAGUGUUUAAUGCUCAUCCCCUCAGUGUGUGUCUGUAUGUUCUUGUCUCUUGACAGGUCUGUGAGGAUGAGAAGGUCUCCACAGUCUGGAGUCUGGUCUCUGACAGGCUCAACAUACCUGUCAAUCAACAGGGACUCCUCUACAAAGGCAAGGCGCUGGCAGGUAGGCUGAACAGCACAGCACAGCACAGCUCACCCCUCGCCUCACCCCUCCUCUCACUCCUCGCCUCACCCCGGGUCAGUGUGGCACAGCCUGCCUGCUCUUCUGAACAAACACUUCAGCCCUGCCGACGCAGUGAGAGUCUGGAGCAGCAACACGAGGUAACCUGAACACAAACACACACACUGCUAUACACACAGACACACACAAACACACACACAGUGAGAGGCUGGAGCAGCUACACAAGGUAAAUUGAACACAAUAAACACGGCUACACACACAAUCCUAGCUGCAGUAGAUGUACAAUGUUAUACAGACACACACAGACACAGCUGUACAGUGACACCGAGACGCACACACAAUCACAGCUGCAGCACACACACUCUGAAAUGCAGGUGUAGAGCAGCGUGUAGUUGUGACUCUGUGUCUCUCUCCUCCCCCUCUCCUCUCCUCUCCUUACUUUGUUUAAAAGAAUAGAAGCACACCCAGUGAGCAAGGCAUUGAGCAGCCCCACAUCCCGCUUCACAAUACCGCUACAUAUUGACUGACUGUUCGCAUUGUGUGUGUUUGGUAAGACAAACCACAUUUUCUACUUCUACUUUCUACGAUUGGGCAAGUCAGCGGUUGUUUGAUAACAGAACAUAAAACAUUACAGAGCGGGUUGAACUGCAUUGCUGCAAAUCAAGGCCCUUUAAAAUGUGUACCUUCCCAGCUCAGGUAUUGCUGAGGUAAAGAGACACUUCCUACAGGAGGACAGGACGUUGUCAAGGAGGGGAUGUCGUCACGUGUCCUGAGGGCUUUCUUAAAAACAUUGUUUUAUUAUUUCUAAGCGUACGUUGUUACUGCCUUUUAGCUCUUGAGCAUAAUAAUCUCAAUCCCGUUUGAAAUGACACUAAGUGCAUUUGCAUGGUGCAGAUGAGGGAUGUCGCUUCACUCGAGGCUUGUGUACUGAUGAAGAUGUAGUUUCAGUGUUUAAUGGUUAUCCCCUCACUGUGUGUGUGUGUGUGUGUGUGUGUGUGUGUGUGUGUUCUUGUCUCUCGCCUGUCCAGUGAGGAUGAAGAUGUAGUUUCAGUGUUUAAUGCUCAUCCCCUCACUGUGUGUUUGUGUGUUCUUGUCUCGACAGGUCUGUGAGGAUGAGAAGGUCUCCACAGUCUGGAGUCUGGUCUCUGACAGGCUCAACAUACCUGUCAAUCAACAGGGACUCCUCUACAAAGGCAAGGCGCUGGCAGGUGCAGCACGGGCUGACAGAUGAGGUUCAGCAGCUGGAAGGCACCAUGACUGCUCUGAAGCAGAAACGUGCCCAAUCACAGGACGUCCUGCAUGCUCUGUCCCAGCAGCUGACUCGUAUCGAGGAGGACAUCGCCUGCAAGACCAGCUCCCUGUCCCUGGAGAGACGUAGCCUGGACACACGGAGCAAACUGAUCGUCCCACCAGAGAAACAAGUCCCUGAAACUGACACCUUCAACCGCACCCUGAGCCCUGUCAAGAGCCGCCAGCUGGAGCUCGCUUGACAGCUCCGCCUCCCCAUGAAAUAAAGAAAGAGAUCAAUAAAUAUUUGUUCUGUAAAAUCAUGCUUGUUCAGCACUGGGACUCUGUAAUGAAUGCACUAAAGUACAUUUGUUAGAGUUUUAAAUAUUAUGAAUCUGUGUCAUACACUGUGAUCACGUUAAGUGUUAAUAGAGGCUGACAUCACACACAAUCCAUCUGUCUUAUAAAUGACAUCACACACAAUCUGUCUGCCUUAUAAAUGACAUCACAUACAAUCCGUCUUAUAAAUGACAUCACACACAAUCCGUCUGUUUUAUAAAUGACAUCACACACAAUCCGUCAAUCAUACGUUGUUAUUGCAUUUUAGCUCUUGAGCAUAAUAAUCUCAAUCCCGUUUGAAAUGACACUAAGUGCAUUUGCAUGGUGCAGAUGAGGGAUGUCGCUUCACUCGAGGCUUGCGUACUGAUGAAGAUGUAGUUUCAGUGUUUAAUGCUCAUCCCCUCACUGUGUGUGUUCUUGUCUCUCGCCUGUCCUGUGAGGAUGAAGAUGUAGUUUCAGUGUUUAAUGCUCAUCCCCUCAGUGUGUGUCUGUGUGUUCUUGUCUCUUGACAGGUCUGUGAGGUGUUAAUACAAUUCCAUUAUUGAUUGAAUCUGCUUUUCAAAUGCUUGGUGUUUCAAACCGGCUUUAAAAUAACCUUCAACAAUCAUUUAAAACAUGAGGCUCUUUCACAAAUCACUGUGAGGGCAAUGAGAAAGUGAAUACGAAACUACCAUGAAACUCCUCCACUAAAUAAACACAUUACAAAACAGAAACAAAUAGACGUGCGCAUUGAAAACAGAAGGACGCAUUGUAGGCAUUUCAAAAUGAAAUAUACUGAGCCUCUCCGGGACCCGUCAGGACACAGCGGCGAACGCUUAAUCGCAACAUUACUGGACAAGCCCGGCGGCUGACCGUCCCCAGCGGCGUCCCGAGGAGCUCGCAGGAUUUCAAACGCUUCACUUGGUCUCCAGUUUCCAGCGUCCUCGCUGAUCCACACAAACCUAACGACUCGUUCUCUUCAUCUGACGUGAAAGCGCACAACGGGUCUCUUUAUAGACCUGGCAGCGGUGACGUCAUAAGAACACCACCCACCUCCCCUCAUGUGAUAGGCUGCUUCUGUUCUGCUUUUCAGCCAAUCGGCCAUGCAGGGCGUCUUUCCCCCGAGUUAACAUCGUGACUGUGAAAUUGUGUGUGCCUUUGUGUGUUCAUGUUACUCUGUGUUCAUGUUAGUCCCUCGUCUCUGUAAGCGCUCAGUCCCGUCCCCAUUGUCUAAAACAAGCAACGGUACAUCGCAUCUCCUCUUCAGUCACUGCGUGUAAACUGGAGCACGUGAAGCGUCCUGUCUCCAACGCCAUAGAGUUCACACAAACUGUCUGCAAAUUAAAAAAAAAAACUGUUAUAUUAAAACAACCCUCUGUGAAGCACUGACACGAACGAUUCUUUGUGUUAAACUUAAUGCAAUUCCAUCAGCUACACUCGUUCAUCUGCAAUUCAAAUGUUUGCUGACUUCAAAACAAUACACGCGUCCAAAUUCAGAUUUCAAAAUACAUUUUAAAAAAGGUUUUUGAGUGGGUGCGGAGCCAAAGCGCAGGCAAGCAGGCAGUGAGGCACACUGCCCCCUCCCGUGGACACACACCGGUACUACAGCCAGAGGGGAAUGUGACGCUGGGAGUCCUAGCAACACUGCAGCCGAAUUAAUGACGUGUAUUAUUAUUAAUAUUAUUAUUAUGAUGAUGAUGAUGAUGAUGUUUGUAGGAAUCACGAUUUCUGUGAUUUAUGACUCAUGCUGUGUAGGGCGUCUCGUAUUUUUAUCAGAGCGAUGUCAUUUUUCACAGUUUUGGUCGCUCAGCUUUCACGGGCAGUUUCCCUUCCCAAGCUCCAGAGGUUCACAGUGAAAACUGCGAACGCUAUCUUCACAAACAGCGACAGACGGGCCAAUCGGGGCGGGGACGUCACAAACGCGCUCGAGUCAUGCGGAGCCGCCGCCACGGAGGCGCUCGGCUCCCUCCAGUGGACACGCAGCGGUACUGCAGUCGGGAGGCGCUGGAAGAUUAUUUGAUGAAUUCCUUACCGAUGCGGCUAUCUCGUGGAGAGAAAGUGGAACGGUUACGUCAUGUCCUAAACAAUCUGAUUGGAUAAAAGACAAGUCACAAAUUAAGUGACUUCUGAUUGGCGAACGCAUUUAGCGAAUCAAAAGUUAGAAAUGCGUUACCUAAUUUGUAUAGACCCUAUGGCUGUCCAAGGUGCGCACCUGUUUAAAAAUAUACAUUUAUUAUUAAUAAAACAUUUUUUUAGUACACGUGUCCACGUCAGUAUUUUAAUAAUAUUAUAUUUUCAUGCUUUUAGUGAAGAAUUGUUUUACUAUCAGUCAUAUUUUAAAACGGGCAGUUUCGAAAUAACCAAAGUAAACAACGAUUCUAAACCGGAACGUGCCUGAAGGAAUCAACUGUAGUUCUCUUUUAUAGCGGUUUAAAAUGUAUCUAAAAGUAUAUACGGGUGUUUGCUAUAAUUUAAUCACAGACGUAGAUGUAUGUGUAUUUCAGUAUGCUAACGUGACGUUUUUCAGCAGGUUUCAUUUGAUUUUAUGAAGCAGAAUUAGUUAACACUCAAAUCAACCCCUCGACAGCAGUUCUACUAAAUGUCCACACGAGGGCAGCAUUGGAUAGGAAAUGAAAGCUAAAGCCUCGUCUGUCUCCCUGAAGUUCGCUACCAAUUGUAAAGAGCAGAGGACAGCUCAGCCGGAGGCGUGUGUCUGUGUGAAACGACUGUAUUUCAUGUGAUAAGUUUGUGGAAGAAGGACGCCAUGUGAGGAGGCGUUUGCUCUUGUUUUACACAGACUACGAGGGACAGCGCUCGUUAAACCAGGUCUGUGAGGAUGAGAAGGUCUCCACAGUCUGGAGUCUGGUCUCUGACAGGCUCAACAUACCUGUCAAUCAACAGGGACUCCUCUACAAAGGCAAGGCGCUGGCAGGUAGGCUGAACAGCACAGCACAGCACAGCUCACCCCUCGCCUCACCCCUCCUCUCACUCCUCGCCUCACCCCGGGUCAGUGUGGCACAGCCUGCCUGCUCUUCUGAACAAACACUUCAGCCCUGCCGACGCAGUGAGAGUCUGGAGCAGCAACACGAGGUAACCUGAACACAAACACACACACUGCUAUACACACAGACACACACAAACACACACACAGUGAGAGGCUGGAGCAGCUACACAAGGUAAAUUGAACACAAUAAACACGGCUACACACACAAUCCUAGCUGCAGUAGAUGUACAAUGUUAUACAGACACACACAGACACAGCUGUACAGUGACACA